AUGAUCAAAUUAGUGAAGACUGGUCCAGACGGCCUUAUCGAGCAUUCGCGUCCUGAGCCGCGCACGCCGGCCGAUCGAGGAACGAACGUACCGCGACCGUGCCGCGCAUAUCAUCCGCGUCCCGCUAAGUCCACGGCCGAUCCCACGUACCGACCCGGGAGGCAUCGUCCCGCGGUCGGCCAACCACUUCACACGCCACCAUCCGUGCACGACCGCGCCGCGCGAGAACAGGAAGGCAAAGCCUUCGCGGCCGCGCGGCACAACCCAUGUACCGCGGCCGACCCAUCCGCCGACAGGAAGCAUCGUCCCGUGACCGGCCAAACUUAUCCAUCCGUCCAUCGGCCGAACACGAAAACUAUCGGCCACGAUCGUUCCGACGUACCGAUGGCCGACACGACCCGACGACCGGCCGAUCGUCCCGACCGACCGUCCGAACGCCGCGGUCGACCCGAAGCCGUUUUUGAAGCCCAAUCACACAAUUCAAGCCCAAAGCCGGCGCCGACUUAG